AUGGAUGUCAACUCUUCGCCACUACCUGCUGCUAACGAUGCUUUGAACACAGAAACCAAUCUGUCGAAUCUCUUCUGGAUGUCGGGACGCACCAAUCAAGGAAAUUUGGAAGUUCUUUUUCCUGACCACCAACGACCGCCCGUUCCUGCUUCAAGUCGUCCCGUGUAUCGGUCAGGUGGUCAAGGGGAAGGCUUCCAAUUGCCAUUCUAUGGCAAGUAUUCUCCUGUGUUUUGUUUUUCUCCGAGUCACGCACCUCUGCAUUCUAGCACCCAAUCGUAUACGUCGAAUCAGUUUUAUGCUGCAGAUGGCCUCGAUAUCGACUCUGUUCCUGCGAAUCUCCAUAGGACUUCGGGACGCACCUCUUUAAGCAAUCUGGAAGUUCUUUUCCCUGGCCACCAACGACCGUUCGUUCCUGCUCCAAGUCGUCCCGUGCAUCGGUCAGGUGGGUCAGGGGGAGACUUCCAAUUGCCUAAUUAUGGCAAGUAUCCGUCGGAUUUUAACAUUUCACCCAGUCAUGCAGCUCUUGUGCCUGAUGAUGUUCUCUUUUCCAGCGUACAUCGCACACAGACAUCCGGAUCAAAAUCUUUCGAUUCCAUAUCUUUUUACUACCAGAAUGUCGGUGGUAUAAAUUCCUGCUUGUCUGACUACCUUCUCGCUACCUCAUGUUCCUGCUAUGACGUCAUAGCCUUUACGGAAACAUGGCUGAACGACUGCACACUAUCUGGCCAGAUAUUCGGCCCUGAUUAUUCAGUGUUUUGCUGCGACCGUAGUGCCCGUAACAGCAAAAAGUCUAGUGGAGGCGGAGUGCUAAUUGCCGUCAAGUCGAAUCUUUCAGCGCAGCUCAUCGACGAUAAUUCCUGGUGCGACCUGGAACUUGUGUGGACUCGCAUCGAUCUUGGAGAUCAGAAACUGUACGUUUGCGUACUGUAUUUGCCGCCCGACCGCUCUAGAGAUGUUGCCCUAGCUGAGUCGUUUUCACGCGGCAUCUCAAAAGUAAGCUCUUCUUGCGCCCCGGAGGAUGACAUACUCGUCAUAGGCGAUUUCAAUAUGCCCGGUUUGAAGUGGUGCUCCAACCAUGGUAGCUUUCUGUACCCGGAUCCUGCUCGUUCUACCUUUUCGACUCCUUCGAACAUCAUAUUAGACUCCCUGAGUACAGCAACCUUGCGUCAGAUCAACAGCGUGGUGAACGAAAACGGUCGUAUGCUGGACCUCUGCUUUGCCAACGAUGGGUCUCGUAUACCGACCAUUGAAUUAGCUCCUGCACCGCUCGUUAAAGCAGUUCCACAUCAUCCUGCUCUAUCGGCCUCACUUGAAGUAACUAAGUUGAACGCUCGUGUUGUAAAUUUACCAGCUUUUUACCUCGACUAUAAGAACGCCAACUUCGAGGACAUUUCUCGCAUCUUGGCCACCAUCGACUGGGCAUCGGAGCUCGAUUUAUCGGAUCCUAACUCUGCUGCAGAAACCUUCUCGCAUAUCCUGAACUAUGUAAUUGAUCGUCAUGUGCCUAAACGUACUAUCAGAGAAAAUCUACGAACUCCCUGGGUUACGACUGAAUUGCGACGACUGGAAACGGAAAAAAGAUGUGCGCUUCGAAAUUAUAACGAACAAAAAUCUCCUUACACCAAGUAUAUAUAUCGCAAGCUUAAUUCGGCUUAUAAAAAAGCCAGCAAACGUUGUUACCAGAACUACCUUCGCCGAGUACAACGUAACCUCAAAUCCUGCCCAAAAUCAUUUUGGAAACACGUGAAUAGUCAGCGGAAAGAACCUGGUAUUCCUACUCACAUGUUUCUGGAUAACAUUACGGCGAAGUCUGAUCGUGAAAUUUGCGAUCUUUUUGCCCAAAAAUUUUCAAAUAUCUUCACAACAGCUUCCACAUCCCCAGAGCGUUUGGCUAGUGCUAUCAGGAACAUUUCGCCACUGGGCUUUUCAUUGAACGCUUCGCUUGACAGAGCUACCUUUCCGCUACUGUGGAAAGAAGUUUAUAUGUUCCCGGUCCACAAAAAAGGUGAUAGACGAGAUGUCAACAACUACCGUGGAAUCUCAGCCUUAUGUUCGAUAGCCAAAUUAUUCGAAUUAGUGGUCCUGGAUCCCAUCUCCUCGUUUUGUAAGAAUUACAUUUCUAAUGACCAGCACGGAUUCAUGCCUAAACGCUCUACGACAAGCAACUUGUUGACGUUCACUUCUUUUGUGCAUGAAAGCUUUGCUGCAAAAUCUCAAACUGAUGCCAUAUACACCGAUCUGUCAGCUGCAUUCGACAAAGUGAACCACGAAAUUGCCAUAGGGAAACUUGGACGCUUGGGGUUCGGUGGUACUUUACUUGGCUGGAUUCGCAGUUAUUUGACUGGGCGCAAACUGACUGUUUGGACUGGUGAUACCUUUUCCAAGCAGUUUUCUGCCUCCUCCGGUGUGCCACAAGGAAGCCAUUUAGGACCGAUUAUUUUCCUAAUGUAUUUUAACGACGUGCUUUCACUCCUUGACAGCCCAAAACUUUGCUAUGCUGAUGACCUCAAACUGUUUUACACCGUAAACGACUACGACGAUAUUAAUUUUCUGCAAAAUCAGUUCAACCUCUUCGCUAAUUGGUGCGACAUCAAUUGCUUGCCAUUGAAUCGUAACAAAUGCGCAGUUAUCAGUUUUUCUCGUAAGCGGCAGCCUUUGAUUGCGGAAUACUACCUUGGAGAACAGCCCAUCGCACGCGUGGACCAUAUUAACGAUCUGGACGUCAUCCUCGAUAAGCGACUGGAAUUCAAGACACAUACAAACUACGUAGUCAACAAAGCAUCCAGAAGUCUUGCAUUGUUCGUUCCAUUCUUGAAUACGCAUCUGUCGUCUGGUGCCCCUACUACCAGAACGGCGCUGAACGUCUCGAGGCUAUCCAGCGGCGCUUUUUACGAUUCGCCCUUAGAGUAA